AUGGGGUACUGCUUUGAGGAAGCGGCGUUCGAGGCGGAUGACUUCCAUGCUGCGACGUUCUUGGAGGAAUGCCAAAGUCGCAGCCCCAUUGUGCAAGUGCACCACGACCUGGAGAAGCUCAUGCAGUCUCUGGAGAACCAGCUCGUCGCGAUCAUCGACAAAGACUACGCUGAGUUCCUGCAAUUGUCCGUCAAGCUCAAAGGCGUGAACAGCGCUGUAUUGUCCUUACGAAGUCCGUUGCUUCAGAUCCUAGAACGUGUCCAUGCUGUGAAAACCGCUGCGCAUGCACUCGUGCAAAAAGCAGAGGUGCACGUGGCAGAGUUGACCGAGCUGCAGACCCAAAAGGCCAAUCUUCAGCUGAGCAUCACAAUUGCCGAAAAGUUCCACGCAGUCGAGUCGCUGCUUGGCAUUACGCCAGCUGGAAACACCACGUCAGAUGCAUGUGAUGCUGCUUCUGCCAUGUUCACCUCGACCGAGCAAUCCAUCCGGCUAGAGCGUUCCGCGCGACUCGUCCUCGAACUCGGCAGCCUCCUCGCCCAAGGACUGGACAUUCCUUCAAUCUUGGCCGAGGAGCCUCGACUAGCCCAUGUCGAACGCACGCUGCACCACCGUCUGGAGGCGGAACUCGCGACAGAGAUCGUGCCCGACAGCUUUUACGCGCGGGAACACACGAUCAACACUGCCAACGUCUCCCACCUCCUCCGGGCGUACGUGCUGCUGGAGGACGCGUCCACGGCCGAGUCCAUGGUGGCGCGCCUGGUCAUGCAACCCUUCCUAGACGAGACAAUGACGCGGGGACGACUCGAUGGAAAGCACCGCGGGUCCUGCGAAGGCCUGUCGGGAAUGUACGCGAGCGUGCUGACGUUCGUCGAGCGGACGCUGGGGGGGGUGCUUGCGCUGGCCGUGUGUCAGGGCGGCGACGCGACCAACAGCGUCGAUCUAUUGGGCCAAAGUGUAUGGACGCCCGUGCUCGACACGAUGCGCAGUAAGCUGGGCGAAGUGUUUACGCCAGCCAACCCGGAUCGAUUCCAUCACAACUUUACCACGUCCAUGUCGUUCGUGGCUUCGCUGGAGCAGCUGUGUCUGUCGCCCGGUGCCGCCCUUCGCUUCCGCUCGACCCACGUCCAGCCGUUCCGCGACUCGUGGAACCUUGUCGUGUACAUGCAGUUGCGUCAAAAUGAACUCAAUCAAGUGUUGGCCGCAAGCAAAGCGACGCCGCGGCCCGUGGUGGACUCGACGUUUGCGUUUCCAGUGACGACGGCGACGUGGCACGUACUCGUCAAGACGUGGGCGGACGGCGUCGUGCUGGCGCCACUCGUCGCUGCAUCGGCGAGGUAUUCGCUCACGGUGCUGUCGCAGUACAUGGCGUACUGGCGGGACCCGCUCGAGUCGGCGGUGGCGCUGGUCGCCAAUGCUUCCAAGACCACCGCCACCUUGUUCGCGGACGUCCACCACCCAGGACUCACGAGCUGCGACGAUGUCUAUUGUCUGGGCAGUGACCUGCACCGCCUCGGGAUGCAUGUGACGCGCGACUUGGUGCGGGUGCUAGCGUCGCGAGUGCCGCUUGAGGCCAUAUCAGCUGACGAAGACCACGACGCCAACGAGUUUGCAUUGAAAUUGGUGGAAGAGCACGUUUUCGAAUUGGCGCGCAUGGAGCGGUCAUGCUGGGACACUGUGGCCGUGCUGGUGUCGGACGAGUGCAAAAAGGUGUUGCCGGCGGUGAGAACGAUCAAAGGCCAGUAUCAAAUGACCAACAAACCCAUGCCCACGACGCCGUCGACGUACGUGGCGACGGUGACCCGGCCGUUGGACGAGUUUCUGGCCAAGUGGCGCGAGGACGUGGGGACGCAUCCGCUGGCGUCGGACGUGCUCUCGACCACGAUGGACUCGUACGCGUCGGCGGCGUUGGAUCUGCUCAAGUCGGCCACGGAAUUGGAGGAGUCGCUGAAAAGCCGCAAGAACCAGCGCCUGAUGAUGCAAACGUCGUCUGCAUUGGUGGAUGACGCCGUCUCGGACACGGACAAGAUGCGGCGGCAGUUGUUUCUGGACAUGCAAGAGCUCGCGAGGAUUGCUUCCGACUUUGGCGUGGACAUCACCCAGUUUGCAUCGUACCAGCGCAUGCGUCAAGAUGUAGCCUCCAACGACGUGUAG